GGAUCAGGAAGCUCUUGACCCAUGAUUAUUCGUCGACUCAGCUUGUUGGAUAUCUAACGUUAGUGGGUGCGUGCAAGACAAGCCUCUUUUCCAACUGGCUGCUAUGACCUAGCGGGUGAAAGGUUUUUUUUAUCAAGUUUAAUUGGACUCUUUUUUUACUUUUUUUUUUUUUUAACUUUUGGUGUUCAUUUAAGGAUUUUUUUGUUUGCAUGUAAAUAUUUAUGCUUGCAUUUUCGCAAGACUAAUAUUAUUAGCUAGCCAGCCACACAGGCUAGCUGGCUAGCUGGUCGAGGUCGUGUGGAUUGAUAUCCCUGCUACGGUAGCUAACUGUAAUUGCUAGUGGACAGCCGAGUCCGUGGCGAGGGGGAGCUCCUGUUAAUCCUUGUUAGUCUUUUAAUCCCUGUUUUUACUUGCUGAAGAAGAUGAAGAUAACUGUGGAAUUCGAGGAAUGUCUUAAAGACUCUCCAAGAUUCAGGGCCACUAUUGAGGAGGUGGAAGGAGAUGUCGGGGAGCUGGAGUCCAGACUGGACAAGCUGGUGAAGCUAUGCAUAGGGAUGAUUGACGCUGGGAAGGCCUACAACACCGCCAACAAGCAGUUUGUCAACGGAGUCCGUGAGCUGGCUGCGAGCUCCAACAAAGAUGAGGUCAUCGAGUCGAGUCUCGCAAAGUUUGCGGAGAGUCUCCAGGAGAUGAUCAACUAUCACACGAUUUUGUUUGACCAAGCCCAGCGAUCAAUCAAGACGCAGCUUAUGGCGUUUGUCAAAGAGGACCUCCGAAAGUUCAAAGAAGCUAAAAAACAAUUUGACAAGGUGAGCGAGGAGAAGGAGGCGGCGUUGACCAAGAACGCCCAGGCGCCGCGCAACAAGCAACACGAGGUGGAGGAGGCCACCAACAUCCUGACCGCCACACGCAAGUGCUUUCGCCACAUCGUACUCGACUACGUCCUCCAGAUUAAUGUGCUACAGUCCAAGAGAAGAUCGGAAAUCCUCAAAUCGAUGUUGUCAUUCAUGUACGCCCACCUGACCUUCUUCCAUCAGGGUUACGACCUCUUCAGUGAACUACAACCUCUCAUGAAACAGUUAGGGGGACAGCUUGCCUCUGGUGAAAAUCUGGAUCAGCUGGUGGUGGAUGCAGCUAAAGAGAAAAGGGACAUGGAGCAGAAGCACUCCACCAUUCAACAGAAGGCUGCUCUGCAGGACUUCUCGAAUGACGACACCAAGCUGGAGUACAAUGUGGACGCAGACAACGGCAUUGCGAUGGAGGGCUACCUAUUCAAGAGGGCCAGCAACGCCUUCAAGACGUGGAAUAGGAGAUGGUUCUCCAUUCAAAACAAUCAGCUAGUCUACCAGAAGAAGUUUAAGGAUAAUCCCACGGUGGUCGUCGAGGACUUGCGGCUGUGUACAGUCAAACACUGUGAGGAUAUCGAGCGCCGCUUCUGCUUUGAAGUGGUGUCGCCGACCAAGAGCUGCAUACUGCAGGCUGACUCUGAGAAGCUGAGGCAGGCCUGGAUCAAAGCCGUCCAGAACAGUAUCGCCACCGCCUUCAGGGAGCAGGGAGAGGAAGCUGAGAAGCUGGACCGGAAGUCCUCCACGUCCACCGGCAGCCUGGACUCAGGUGGCGAGCCCAAAGAGAAGUCCCUGAAGGGGGAGAGUGCCCUCCAGAGGGUGAUGGCCAUUGGGGGCAACGCCUGCUGUUGUGACUGUGGCCAGCCUGACCCCCGCUGGGCCAGUAUCAACCUUGGCAUCACUCUCUGUAUACAGUGCUCAGGAAUACACAGGAGUCUGGGUGUGCAUUUCUCCAAGGUGCGUUCGCUCACUCUGGACUCGUGGGAACCUGAACUACUCAAGCUGAUGUGUGAGCUGGGUAACGGGGUCAUCAACCAGAUCUAUGAGGCUCGAAGAGAGGAGGUGGGAGUUAGGAAACCGACUCCAACUGACCCCAGACAGGAGAUCGAGGCCUACAUCAAGGCCAAGUAUGUGGACCGGCACUUUGUGCGACGGCCGUCCGACGAAGAGCUGCGCUCCAAGGUGGUGUCUCUGUCCAAGCAGGAGAAGAGGCUGAGCGGCUGCUCUGAGCACCUUCCCCCCCGGCCUCCGCCGCCCACACCCAAACUCCGGCCCGCCUCCAACGCCUCAGCUGCCGCCAAGGGCUCGGAGGCCCGCCGCGACUCUCUGUUCUGUCCUGACGAGCUUGACUCGCUCUUCUCCUACUUUGACACCUCCGCCAAGCUCAGGAGCAUGAGGAGUGCUGACAGUGGCAUCCAGAACAGUGCUGAUGGGAGCAGAGAGAUGCUGGCCACCACCCCCUCUACAAACAGCCUACCUGAAGCUGAAGCUGCCGAGGUGCCCCCUAUGGCCAUGCCAGCCACGCUGCCCCCCCCGUCCCCUUGUAAGGAGGUGCUGAUCUUCUCGGAGCCCAAGGAGUACUCCCCGGGGUUGCAGCUGUACUGGGCCUCCUGUGCCCGCAGCCUGCCUGACAUGGCGGAGGCCCUGGCCUACGGCGCGGAGGUCAAUUGGGUGAACGUGGAGGACGACAAGAGAACCCCACUCAUCAUGGCUGUGCAGGGGGGCUCGUUGGUGGCUUGCGAGUUCCUGCUCCAGAAUGCGGCAAACGUGAACCAGCAGGACGCCCAAGGCCGAGGACCCCUCCACCAUGCCACCAUCCUGGGACACACUGGACAAGUGUGCUUAUUCCUGAAAAGAGGAGCCAAUCAGAAUGCGUCCGACAUAGAUGCAAAAACGCCCCUCUCCAUGGCAGUGGAUGCUGCCAAUGCUGAUAUUGUAACACUGCUGCGAUUGGCCAAGAUGAACGAGGAGAUGCGGGAAGCAGAGGGACCCUACAUGCAGUCAGGAGAUGAAACCUACCAGGACAUUUUCCAGGACUUCUCCCACAUGGCGUCAAACGACCCGGAGAAGCUGAAUCGCUACCAGCAGUAUGACCCGCCCCAGAGGCCAUGAGGGAGAGAGACACGCCAAGGCAGGGCCCGGAGUUCUCCCAGGCAGCGCUCAGCGCCAGGACCUCUGUGGUGACAGAGAAUCACUUUUUAUUUGUUUUUAAUGGUCUAGAAUCUUAAAAGUAAUAAAAGCAGCAUUUCGUGAGGCUGGAGUCCAUUUUGGAAAACAAUAGAACCUGAAUGGUAGGGCCUUAAAUCUAAACAAAGUCAUUGUCUAUUAUGAAUACAUUUACUCCAAAACAACCACUCAUAAGUAAUUCAUUUUAUCUUUUAAGAUCUAGAAAUGUAAUUUUUAAACCUGGUUAUUGGUUAAACAAAUACAUAUCUACAUGUAUUUGUGCUGUAGGUUUGCUAAGGUCAUCUCAUUUCACCUUUUUUUUCUUUUUUCUUUUUGCUUUGUAUGAAGCAAGUUGCAGUUGCAGAGAUGUGAAGGUUAAUCUUAAUAGUAGACAUCCCCUGACAUCUUACUUAUUUGCACGAGGUCCCACUGUCUUGGUCUUAAACCAUCGCUGAUGUUUACUCCAGUUUGUUUGUAAGUUAAUGCACAGUGAGUUUAGAACGCACAUGUUGCUAAUGUACAGGUUUGAUACACUUCUAAAAAUGUUGGAAGGACCUUCGAAUGGGUCCCGAGUAGAUGUAAAUCGUGGAUGUUCUACGGUUAAUGUUUUAUGAUGCUAUACUUUUGUUUUAUUUAGGGUUAAACUUUUUACACACACACACACUCAGAAACACACAAUGUUAGGUGUUUGUGGGGGUUGGAGUAUUUAAAAAAAAAAAAAUAUAUAUGCUUGCAGUAUAACUUCAUAUUCUCAUUUUGGUCAGGAGACAAUGUAUUUUUGACAGUUUUCCCAGGUUGUUUUUUGCAGCACUUUACAAUAUAACUGGGUAAUAGUCAAGACAUGUUCAGACCGGAGCCUGCAGGACCUGUUUGGUAGAAUGUGGUGUUAAAACGCAGAUGCCUCAUCAACAGACAGAUCUGUCCCCAUCUUUACAACCAUAUGCCUGGACCACGGCAGGUUACAACUAAAUGUAACACCAGAAGAAUGUCAGUCUCACCAUCAGCCCCAUUAACUAUGACCCGAUUUCCCGAGGGCCAGUUCCUAAGGAGUGAUGUUUAACUCUGUGUUUCUGCCACUUAUUAGAUGGCAAAGUACAACUUUUACUUCUGUAAACACAUCAGUAGAGUGGUGGACUAGACAUCCUAGGCUGUGUGCUCCUUGUGAUUGGAUACGUCCCACCAUGACAGUGCAUUUAAAUUACCGUAUGAGGAGCUCUUAAAGCCCUGUUUACACCAAGCCAUAACAUUUGUCCUGAUCUUGCCCACCUUUUUUUUUUCUGGUAACCAUUAAAACAUGAUUGCGAUCGGCUGUUUUUGACCACUGCUGGAGGUAAUCCAGGACGUCGGGUUAGCAAGUUAUUUGUAUCUCCAAGUCCUUCUGAAGUCAUUGGCUGGCAGGCAGCCUCAUUGAGCCCUAGGCUAGAUUAUGAAAUUGUUUGAUGGUGGUCUGGCCUUGGGUCAUUCAGAGGUUUAGGACCUAUGUAUGUAAAGAAAAACAAGUCAUUUAAAAUGACAGUAUAACUGGCAAGUAAAAAAAGAUCCAAGAGACUUCUGUGAACUAUAGAUCCAGAGUCUUUAUGGAUCUAACCUCUUUAUUUUCACCCAUUAACUUACCACCAAGCUUUGCCCUCUGUGCUUUCAUACAAUUAAUACAUUUGUACCUUGUUAUUUCAAGAGAUGUUCAGGAAAGUCACAAUCUGUUAUUUGUAUUGUAUAUUUGUCUAAAAGAUGCACUCUGUGACUUUAGGCCACUGGUCGUGAAAGUGGAGCUGACAUGCAAAAACAGGUUUACAACAAUGUAGUACUAUUUCAUGUGCUAUAUAUGUCUCCCAGGACAUCAAAACCACCCACGUUCAAACUUCAUGGCUAACUGGGGUAUGAUGAUGAUUCUACUUGUAGAUUGUCCACACAACCAGCAUAUUAUACAUCCAGCCUAAAAUGGGAGAUUUAAAAAAAAGAUAUGCCAUUUGCUAAAUUCCCAGAAUGCAUCUUUAAAAGGCACUGUCUGAAUGUGGAUGAGAUCAGGGGUGUAUUCAUCCUGUACAUCAUUUCUAUUGUGAACAUUCAGGUUAGAGACCUUUUUUUUUUUUUUUUUUUGCUUGAUGAAAAAGUGAGGGACAUACCUGAAAUUGUGAACUGUUUGACAAAAUGAUACAACUGAAACAAUUGUUUGGUGGAAUGAGUUUACCCUAUGGACACAUUAGCACCUGGUGUUAGUGGGACUAUACUGAAAUACAACAUGGGAGACAGAUCUUGUACAUUUUGUACAGCUUUUCAGUAUGCCUAUGAAGUUAAAUACAAAGUAGUGGUACUUGAAUUAUUAAAUAAGCUCUUGUAAAUGUCUUUUUAUAUUGUCUCCCCAUGCCGCUCUAGACAAGAUUAGAAUCCAUAUAAUUAAGGACUUUGGGGGUGGGGGGCUGAGUGGUAAAACUGUUUGCUUUUUCAUUGAUUUUAUAAAGCAAUUUCAGUUCUAAUCGUCUGUGUGAAAUUCAUUAAGGACUUAAUUCUUAUACACGCUGUUGAGUUUGUGUUACAUAUUAAAUGUUCCAGAUAUA